AUGUCCCUUGGGAACGGUAUUCGAUUUAUCUGGUUAGACGCUCACAUAGGUAGAGACAACGAGUAUGACCAAUUCAAAAAGAAGUUCUCUCAGGCUUUGGAGCCAACAACGGUCAUGCCGCCUGAUCAAAUUGAUUCACUUAUUUGUGCACUAAAUGAAAAUGCUGCACCAUUUUUAUUUGCUGAUACGAUUAGCAAAGCACUGUUUCUUAUACAAGAGCAUCACGACAAACACAUUUAUUUCAUUUCAUCAGGCUCACUUGGCGAACAGGUUAUUCCGUAUAUCAAACGCGUAUACCCUCAAGUUCAUCAAUUCUACAUAUUUUGUGGUCUUCAAAGUAAUUACUUUGACUUAGUUGUGGAAAACUCGUCCUGUUUACAGAUAUUCACAAGUGAACUUGAUUUACUUGUGCGACUUACACGUGACAUAUCUAAAUGCAUUAUUAAACAAGGAGAAGUUUAUUUAAACUUACAUUCCGCAAUAGAUGCAUUGAAAUGCUUCGAAAGUGCCGAAAAACUAGAAGUGACAGCGAAUCAGGUCGAUACAUUGAAUGAUCCAGCUCUAAUAAUUUUAAAAAGUCUAAGGGGUUAUGGUGAUAAUAUUGGACUUAUUCAAAGAGCAAAAGAAAUGAACACUGAGCAACAACAUUCGCACCCGGCAGGAGCAAAUGCACCAAAUCCAGAACCACGAACCGAAAACGAAGAUGCUACAGGUUAUUCAGCAUCGGCUGCUAAUAAUGACGACGACCCCAUUGCAGAGGAAGACUCUGGAGGACAAUGA